GGAAAAUUUCAGCCAAAAUUGGGUUAAGCCAUUUGACACUGAAGGUGUGUGGUGGCUCCUUACUUAUGGGAGAAUGUAGCAAAGUGCAAAAGUAUUGUUUGUUACCCAGCUUUAAAAAGCUCACUGGAAGAAACGGGGAGAAAGGGGACACUGUCGCUUUAAGAGCAUCCGUGAAAGUGUUGCUACUGGAAGCUGCUCUGCGAGACGGCCAGCUGGGAAAGUGCUGCUAAUAAGGGGAAAGGAGCUUCAGCUCCAGAUCUUUGAGCCUGUGUGUGACAGGGAGUGAGACAGGGAACAAAUCAGGAGCACAGUUAGUGCCCAGUGGGAAGAGGGCACAGAGACACUGAUAAACUUGCUGUAGCCAUACAGCAAGGGGGAUUAGAAAGCAACAGUGACCAGCCCAUCAUUCCUGUAGACACCAAGAAGCAAGAUGGAUCUCCCCCAAGGCACUCAGGUUUCAUCUGAUUGCUCAGACAGGGGCUCUUUUAAGAUGGAGAGUGAAAAAUUAUCCAGCACUGAACAGGCACUGAUACGAGAAAGCUGGCAGAAAGUGAGUGGCAACCCCCUGCAGCAUGGCAUCAUCUUGUUUACCAGGUUGUUUGAUCUGGAUCCUGACCUCCUGUCCCUCUUCCAGUACAACUGUAGACAGUUUUCCAGCCCACAAGAAUGCCUCUCUUCCCCUGAGUUCCUGGAUCAUAUAAGGAAGGUCAUGCUGGUGAUAGAUGCAGCUGUGACUCAGUUGGAGAACUUACCGUGUCUGGAAGAAUAUCUCUGCAACCUGGGUAAGAAGCACCAAGCAGUUGGCGUGAAGAUGGACUCUUUCUCGGCUGUGGGAGACUGCUUGCUGUACAUGCUGGAGAAAUGCCUUGGCACUGCCUUCAGUCCAGACAUGCGAGAGGCUUGGACCAGGCUCUACGAUGCUGUGGUGAAAGCCAUGAGCCGUGGCUGGGAGGCACAUGGGGAAGCAGAAUAGAUCCAGCAAUCUGUUAGGAUCUGCUCCCAGCCCAUCAACAGUUCUGUGGACAGAGCACCUCCUCUUCCAGCUGUGCACAUUCUGGGGCCUUCUCAGCAGUUCUCUCCAUCUUGCUUCACCAUUACCCACAUCUCUGCCUCUGAUGGUGACCAGUGCAGUCCCUUAAAGGCAUAUCAACAGCAAAGUGAAGGUAGAAGAGCAGCAUGGGCAGGUGUAUCAGGGUAGUAUCUAGGUAGUAUGGGUAAUGCCGCAGUGAAGACACAGUGGCAUGGGCUUCAUUGUGGACAAAGUACAAGCCCACUGCGGCCCUGGGAAUGUACUGUCAUCACUAGCCCAUAUGACCAUGUUUUCACUGCUCUUGUUACCUGGGUCAGCUACAGUAAAGCUGAUCUGAGCAUGCCUGCAUGAAUUGCAAUGGCCCUUUCAACCUGUGUGUAACAAGUGGGCAUCCUGGGGCUGAUCUGAGCAUAGGUCUGCCUACUUGUUUCAGAGCAAACCACCCGCCUACCUCACCUGCCACGCCUUUGAUACUAGUUAGAAGAUGAUAACAAGGCGGGAGGCUGCACAUUUACUUGCCCUGAUGCCAAGGGCCUAUGUAUACAGCUCUGACCUCCCCUGUACCAUGUCCCAUGCCUCACAGAUGGCAUCCAUGGCUUAGCACCCAGCCUAUAGCUUAUCUGGCCUAAUACCUGCCCACUCAAUCAAUCGGGGAUUAGCAUACAUGGCUUAGCUCACAAUCCUGUUUACUCGGGGCUCCCAGGCCCUCCCUUUUCCAUGGGCUCCUAGCCUAGCUUGGGACCCUCUUGGUCCCCUUGCGCCCCCACACUGGGGCCUCAAUCCCCUGCCUGACACUGGGCUCACAAUCCCUUAUCCCUUUGCCCCAGGAACUUCACAUCUAGCUGCCUGUAGGCUCAGGGACCCAGCCCCCUGGAGCCUCACACCUGGUUCCUUAAUGCCACUCAGGUCUUGCAGUGAGCCUGGAAGCUGUGUCAGGUCCCCCCCUGAUUUGGGCCCUGCCUCAGAACUCACUGUGAGCCUGGGCUCCUGCUUUGUUCUUCAGGGUGUGCUCCCCUUGCCUUUUCCCUUGACAGGGUCACCCACAAGGCAGCGGGGGCUGAGGCUUUUUCUUGGCACCCUGUACUCGCUGUUCACUAGGGAGGCAACUGGUGUGGCACUUCCUGGAGACUGCCCUGACAUUGGCAGUCCCAUCACACCAUCCUACCCCAGCAAGGUGUAGUUUUAGGUCAUGCUGCAGCACCUGGAACCUCCACCUUCCCCAUAGCUCCUUCCUUGUACCUCUAAGAUGUCAUGAGCAGCAGCUACAGCUGGGUGGUGUUUUCCCAGCUGCUAGCAGUAGAUAGCUGGCCACACUGCUCAGGGCCUGUUCUUAUAGAGAACACCUGGGCCCUGUUCCCAAUCAGGUAAUUGCACCUGAUUGGGAGUGCAGCCACCUGCAAGCUGCUUGGCUGUUUGCUCAUGCCCCUUUGAGUAACAGAGCACACCCUGUGCUCUGUUACACUGUGGUAUAGAUAUGCUAUGAAUUGCACAGCAAUGAGUCCUUCCAUCUUCCUGGGAGGUAGGGUAGAGGGACAAGCAAGGAAGAGCUGGGCUGAAGAUAUUUCAGUCAGUAGUAGUGGAAUGAGCUUUUCCUGAACUGAUUCUGUCUUUCCUUAAAGUUGCAAAUCAUCCUUUUUCUCUGCCCAAAUAUUUUCCAAGAGUCGUUGCAGAGUUCAAGUCAGGCUGCUCUUAUCAGACCUGAGCUGUUGACUGGGUUCAUUUAGCUAUUGGAUCGAACCUGAAUGACAGGUGAAUGCAGCAGCUACUACUGCUUUUUAAAAUGUCUUCUAUUAUUUAUUUAAUAGUAAAUAAAUAAAUAAAUAAAGUAAAGAUGUACUGGGACAUGCAGUGCAUGCAUCUGUCCCCUGGGAGAUCUGUCUCCUGGGGGCAGCUUCCAAAAAUCAUCUUGGUUCUUGGCCAGAGAGAACAUAGCUGGGAUUUCUCUGCAGUGAUAUCAGGAUCUGGCAUUCUUCCCGCUACAGGAGAAUUUACAUUUUGUUAGUGGUGUUACCCUGUUGGUGAAAUGCUGCCACCUCUGUGUGGGAGGAGACUUGAGUUUAAGUCUUUCCUGCCCAAGAGCAGAGGGGCUGGACCUGAUGAUCUCAUGAGGUCCCUUCCAGCCCCUAACAUCUAUGAAUCUAUGAACAGUGUUCAGGACAGGAAAUAAGAACACAUUAUCCAGCUGAAAAGACAGGGAGGGUGUUGGCGAAGCAGAAUCUAGAUGCUGCUCUUGGAAUCUGACUCGAACACAACCAGUAAAAGUAGGACACUGGGAUUCUCCUGGGAAGGCCCUGUCUGGAGACUGCCAAGGUGUGACUGGGUAAUGUUUGUUUCAUCACUGCUGGGAGCUGUUUCAUUACUCUGUAUGAAGAUACCACUUCCAUGGUCUGGCAGCAGCUGUAUAGCAACAGGUGACUGGUUAGAGGGUCCUCAGUUGCAUAUUCAAGAGAGGCUAGUUUAUGGGUGCAAUACCAAAGCCUGGUAUCAGGUUUGUGGGCACUUCUCUCCUUUCCCCCAUCUGAAACAGGCAUCAGUUCUCUUCAUUAGUGCCCUGUCCCUAAGCAGGGCUGAGUGGCCAUGAUAGAUCUUUGGCCCUGCAACUUCAAGCCAGGUAAGGAUGAGCUGAGCCUUGAUACAGGAGAAUAGCAUUGGCUGUGUCAUGGGAGUGGAGAGUUAAGGAAACCUCCCUUCUAGUUCCCCACUGUGGAAUUUUGGAAGAGGAACAGCGUGUAUCCAGUGAUUUCUCUGCUGCUAUACAUGCCUGGGGUCAAAGACUUCUCUUCUGUGCAUGGCAGGAGGGAGACUGGGUGUGAUGGAUGGUGGAUCUGUGCGCACAUACUACUACACCAAAUAAGCAGCUCCUCCUAUAGCUAUCUUAGCUCUCUGAUUUCCUCUUCUGUGUCAUGUUUUGUGUAAUUCCUAAGAGAAAUAAACUAGCUGUGUUUGUGCCUCCUGGAUCUGCCUGGACUGUUUAAUAUCGAGUGGUGUAACGACAAUGUUAG